AUGGCCGAAAACAUCCCCGAAAUCGCGCAAGUGAUAAAAGACGCAAAAGCCGCUUUCAAAGCCGAAUUCAAACAAGAGGCGGAAAUCGUCGUUUUCGCACCGGGACGAGUGAAUUUAAUUGGGGAACAUAUCGAUUACAACGAUGGUUUCGUCAUGCCCAUGGCCUUGCCCUUGGUAACAGUAAUAGUCGGGAAGAAAGUAAGUGGUGAAGAAACCACAAUUAUCACCACAAACCCCGACGCAGACCCCCCCAAAAAAGCCACCAUCGAAAUGCCCAACAAAAACGCGCUGGUCAAAACCAUCCCCCCAGGGCCCCCCAAAUGGUCGAACUACGUCAAGGGGGUGAUUUCGAACUACGUGGGGGAAACCCCGCCCGCAUUUAACGCGCUUAUUACGAGCACUGUGCCCACAGGGGGCGGUUUGUCGAGUAGUGCGGCUUUGGAGGUCGCAACUUAUACUUUUCUGGACGCUUUGGUCGGCCCUAGUGCCGUAAUGCCGACUGAUAAGGCACUGGCGUGCCAGAAAGCCGAACAUGACUAUGCUAACGUCCCGUGUGGUAUAAUGGACCAGUUUAUUUCCGUUUUGGGUAAAAAGGACCACGCGCUUUUGAUCGAUUGUCGAAGUAUGACUUCGACUCUGAUCCCGGUCGCUGAUCCAAAUGUGGUCGUUUUGAUCACGAAUUCAAAUGUUAAACACGAAUUGACGGGCAGUGAGUACUCUUCAAGGAGAACUCAAUGUCAACAAGCCGCACUAUUGCUGAAAAAAUUGAGCUUGAGGGACGCCAAGCUUGAAGAUAUUGAAUAUUUGAAAUCGAUAAAUGCGUCCGAGGAGACAAUAAAAAGGGCGCGACAUGCCGUCACUGAAAUACAACGCACGCAAGAAGCGGCCGAAGCGCUCAAAAAGAAAGAUUUUAAAAAAUUUGGUGACUUGAUGGUUGCGAGUCACAAUUCGUUACGAGAUGAUUUUGAAGUGUCGUGUGAAGAAUUAGACCAAUUGGUUAAAUUAGCAAUGGAGGUCAAGGGGGUUUACGGGAGUAGAAUGACAGGGGGCGGAUUUGGGGGCUGCACUGUCACACUUGUGCAAAAAUCAGCCGUUAAUGAUGUUAUAGCUCACGUUAAGAAGGGCUACAAAGGAAAACCUACUUUUUAUAUCUGCAAACCGAGCGAUGGAGCACAAAUUGUGGCCAAAUGAGAUAUUUAUACACUAUAUUAUGUAUUAUAAGUGUUUAUAAAUUUUAUACCCAA